AUGGCAACCAGACAAUCAACUCAGUCCGGGCGACCAGUACCGGGGCAGAGCCACUCACAAUGGCGCCAACACCUUUCUCACCUUUACCGAUCGCGAAGUGAAGCUCGCAGAACGCGUCAAAGAGGUGGAACAGCAGAACCUUUUUCUCCGCCGCCAACUCGGAAUCAGCCGCCAACGGUUGGUUAACUUUAUCACCGAAACAAAGCACAAGGAAGAUCAUCGGAAGGAAGCCAAAUCGUCGGACCAAUCAGCCAAGGUCAUAGAGCGAAAGCUUCACGAAUCGGCAGCUGGUAGUAACUGCUCCGACUCAAAGGCUGAAAGUGAAUCUCAAAUAAUUGUGCCUAAAUGCGAAGUGAUCGAAGUGGCCAUUGUCUGUGCUGGCUACAACUCCUCACGGGCAGUAGUGACGCUCAUCAAGUCUAUUCUUUUUUAUCGCAAGAACCCCUUGCACUUUCACUUUAUCGUCGAUAGUACUGCCUCGUUAACUCUAGAGACGCUUUUCAAGACGUGGUCAAUUCCCGAGGUGGAAGUUAGCUUCUACUUGGCGGAGACGUUGCAGUCAGAUGUCAACUGGAUACCGAACAAACACUACUCAGGCAUCUACGGGCUGAUGAAGCUGGUGCUGCCUAAAGUGCUUCCAGAGUCACUUGACAAGGUGAUCGUCCUCGACACCGACAUCACCUUUGCCACUGAUAUAGCUGAACUGUGGAAGCUAUUCUGGAAGAUGACCUACAAGUCAAUUGGCUUGGUGGAGAACCAGUCUGACUGGUAUCUGGGCAAGUUGUGGAAAAAUCACAGGCCAUGGCCGGCUUUAGGACGUGGCUUCAACACCGGGGUCAUGCUGCUGAAGCUAGGGAAGCUGCGAGAGUUCAACUGGAGUGCAAUAUGGAAGAUGGUCGCUGAGAAGGAGUUGCUGUCCAUGCUGUCGACCUCACUGGCUGAUCAGGACAUUUUCAACGCCGUUAUCAAGCAGUACCCGUACUUGAUUUACAACCUGCCGUGCCAGUGGAACGUUCAGCUGUCUGAUAAUACACUCUCCGAUGCGCUGUGCUACACUGACGUGCAGGACUUGAAGAUUAUUCACUGGAAUUCGCCAAAGAAGCUCAAAGUUAAGAACAAGCAUUUGGAGUUUUUUAGAAACCUCUACUUGACCUUUCUCGAAUAUGAUGGCAACCUGCUUCGCCGAGAAUUGAUUGGCUGCGCAAACUCUUCCAGAGCUGUGCUGCUUGAGGGAGCUAAAGCAGGCGGAGGAGGAGGAGGAGGCUCGUCCAGUGACGAAGACGAGCCAUGUUACGAGUUCAACCGCGCUCACCUCAUUGAACACCGAACUCACCUGUACUACAUUGACUUUCAGUACGAGCCCUCGCCGGAUGGAAAUGACGUCACCUUGGUCGCCCAGCUGUCCAUGGACCGGCUGCAAAUGGUGGAGGCGCUCUUGGAGCAGUGGAACGGCCCCGUCUCCCUGGCCAUGUACAUGUCCGACAGUGAGGUGCAGCAGUUUCUGGGCUACGCACAGGCCUCCAAGACGCUCUCUGAACGGAAGAACAUUGGCUAUCACAUCGUCUACCGAGACGGGCCCUUCUAUCCGAUCAACAAACUGCGCAAUGUCGCCCUCGCCCAGGUGACCACUCCCUACGUCUUCCUCAGCGACAUUGACUUUCUGCCCAUGGCCGGCCUUUAUGAGUACCUGAAGCGAUCGGUCGCCCAGGUGGGCAUGUCCGAGAGCCGGAAGGGCCUCGUCGUGCCGGCCUUUGAGACGCUCCUCUACCGGAUUCCCUUUCCAAAGAGCAAGGCGGAGCUGCUGAACAUGCUCAACUACGGGACGCUCUUCACCUUUCGCUACCACGUCUGGCCGCAGGGGCACGCGCCGAGCAACUUUGCGAAGUGGAGGACGGCCACCACGCCGUACCGCAUCAAGUGGGCGGUGGACUUUGAGCCGUACCUGGUGGUACGGAAGGACGUCGCCCUCUACGAUGCGCGCUUUGUCGGUUUCGGCUGGAACAAGGUGUCGCACAUCAUGGAGCUGUACGCACAGAACUACGAGUUCAUCGUGCUGCCCAAUGCUUUCAUCAUUCACAUGCCCCACGCACCGUCCUUUGACAUUGCCAAGUACCGCAGCAGUCGCACCUAUCGCAAGUGUCUGCAGACGCUGAAGCGCAACUUUAUCGGCGAACUGUCCGCCAAGUAUCAGGGCAAG